CGGAGGAAGAGUGGAAGGGUGAGCUGUCAGAGGAACUCGUGGGCAGAUCCGUCCAUUUUCCCCAUCUUCCUGCCGAGCAGUCUGUCCAUCACAGUGAGAGAGCUGCCUGCAUCUUGUGGAUUAAUCCCAGUGUGAGUGACACCUGGGUAGGCGACGGAGACCUGAGUGGAGAGGCAGGAGUCUGCUUUCCCCCUCCGACCCUCCUGCGUGUGUGGAUGACCUGUGCUCUUCUGGUCUGUUUUUUAGCAACAUGAACAAGAUGAAGAACUUUAAGAGGCGUUUCUCUCUUUCUGUUCCUCGCACUGAGACCAUUGAGGAGAACGAGUUCACUGAGCAGAUAAAUCAGCUCAAUAUACGGCACACUCAGGGCCUGACUCCAGACAGGCUGGGUCCUCCAUCUCAUGAUGCCAGUCCUUCAAGUCCUGAACCAACAACACCAGGAGCUCAGUCUCCGUCCCACCUCCACUUUCACAGCAAGGCCCAGCACAGACGUUUCUCCAUGGAGGAUGUCAGCAAGCGCAUGUCUCUGCCCAUGGACAUCCGCCUGCCUCCAGAGUUUCUCAAGAAGCUGCAGCUGGAGAGCGAAAACUCACCGCUCUGCAAACCUCCCAGUCGCAUGUCUCGACGUGCUUCACUGUCUGACAUAGGCUUUGGGAAACUGGAGACAUACGUGAAGCUCGGCAAACUGGGAGAGGGGACAUAUGCCACAGUGUUUAAAGGGAGAAGCAAACUAACAGAGAACCUGGUGGCGUUAAAGGAGAUUCGGCUCGAGCAUGAGGAGGGAGCACCUUGCACUGCUAUCAGAGAGGUGUCUUUACUGAAGAACUUGAAGCACGCCAACAUCGUCACGCUGCACGACAUCAUCCACACCGACCGCUGCCUCACGCUGGUGUUUGAGUAUCUUGACAGUGACCUUAAACAGUACUUGGACAACUGCGGGAAUCUCAUGAGCAUGCACAAUGUCAAGAUUUUUAUGUUCCAGCUGCUGCGUGGUCUGUCCUACUGUCACAAGAGGAAAAUCCUCCACAGAGACCUGAAGCCUCAGAACCUGCUAAUCAAUGACAGGGGCGAGCUCAAACUGGCCGACUUUGGUUUGGCAAGGGCCAAGUCUGUCCCCACUAAGACCUACUCCAAUGAGGUUGUAACUUUAUGGUAUCGACCCCCUGAUGUGCUGCUGGGCUCUACAGAAUACUCCACACCCAUCGACAUGUGGACCGUGUCUUCAUCUCCUCCCUCCCGUUCCAGGGGUGUGGGCUGCAUCCUGUUUGAGAUGGCAACAGGUCGUCCAAUGUUUCCUGGCGCCACAGUGAAGGAGGAGCUACACUUAAUUUUUAGACUUUUGGGCACUGCAACAGAAGAGACUUGGCCUGGCAUUAGCAGUAAUGAUGAGUUUAGGUCUUACCUCUUUCCUCAAUACAGACCUCAAGCUCUUAUCAAUCAUGUGCCCAGGUUGGACACAGAGGGGAUCGACCUGCUGUCUGCUCUGCUGCUGUAUGACACCAGGAGCAGAAUCACCUCUGAAGCCGCUUUGCGACAUCCUUAUUUCCUGAGUCUGGGGGAUAACAUACACAAUUUGGCAGACACUGCUUCGGUGUUUUCCCUCAGAGAGGUGCAACUCCAGAAGGACCCGGGCCACCGCAGCUCAGUGUUCCAGCCUUUAGGUCGAGGAAAGAACCGAAGACAAAGCAUCUUCUAGACAGCACAUUGGAGGAUCAGAGAGACACAAAGAGGAGGAGCUGCCUUUUCAGAUCACAGCACAGAGGCCGACACUGCUCAGCACAUUCACAAGCAUGCUCAUCUGUGUGCACUCACCUGCAUGUACACACUGACUCAUGUGCACACACUUAUUUGUAAGGCAGCUGGCCACGGAGACACACAGAGUUCCUGGAAAGUAACCUGUACUGCGCUUGAAAUGACUGAGCUGAGAUACACUCUUCCUCCAGGCCCACAUGUAUGAAUUUGCACACAUUUGCACAAUCAGCGACACGGAACAUGCUGCCACGCACCAGAGAUUUAAAAGUAUCCGGCUGACACACACAUAAGGUUCAGCCCCAAGAUUUCAGCUUUUUGGCCCCUAAAUAAAGCUGCUUUGCCUUAGUGUGCACAUAUACACAAGCUUGUGUAAAACCCAUUCAGAGCACACCCAGGGCUCUAGCCAUUUACGGUAGCUACCACAUCUGGAGCAAUCAUAUAAUUGCAGGUGUACAGACAAAUGCGUUGUGCUGUAGAUUAAAGUCUAAGCAAGUCAACUUAUUUCCAAAUUUUGCUAAAUGUUUGUCUUUCUAAAUUUUUUAGGUUGUCUCUGCACCAAAAUGUAGCUUAAAGAUACACUCUCCGAUUUUUGCCCAAAGUUCCCCCAAGUGGCUUUAACCUCCAAUUUCACAGAAAGAAAACGGUAAUGAUGACUAGGGCCUUGUGUGCUGAUUAGGCAUUUGCUAAAUUUGAGAGGUUGAGCAUUUGAAAUAUUUAUGCCUUUGUGAACUAUGAGCUAAAUGGCUAAUAUAGUAGUGACAUGUGAGCACAAUUGCCAGAAGAAAAUGUCAACAUGUAGAUUUCUGCAAAUCACAGAUUAAUUACAUUCGUACGUUUCAUACAUACCAACAUUUCUAAAGUGGUGUGGUAUAUGACCUGACUUUGUCACAGCGAGGUUGAGAGGGAUCCUUUUUUUCUAGGGUGAUUGCACCCACCCACCAAAAGUGGGUAUUUUUUAGCAACCCACUGCUGUGGUAGGCAUGACCCAUCACUUUCAGUGGGGAUAGUGCAACAAAAAGCUUUUUGUUUUUGUUUUUUAAUCACAACAUUGUGUUUUUUUGUUUGUUGUUUUUUUUACUCCCCUCGCUCUAGAGAUAGCCUUUGCCAGAAACGUCAUGUUUUUGGGUUGUGAACAUGGUAUCUCAAAAACACCAUGAGGAAAUUUCCUCAAAUUUGCCACAAACAUCCAC